AUGCUCUUUGACGGUCGACGACUUCUAGAGCAGAAACAAACCACUGUUAAUCCUUCUGUUGGUCACAAAUCCUCCAUCGACACAUCAUCGAAGCCCUCAUCCUCGUCCGUAUCCUCGUCACUUAGCUCAUCAUCUGGUGAUGCCUCCUUUUCUGAAUCCUUCCUAUUUCACGUGACACCGUCGAAACUCGACCGAUGUCAUAUCGUCAUUGAGAUGUUUGAUCACGAUUCGAAUAACCAACCGUUGUCGGUUGGUCAUUGUGUGAUCGGUCGUAUGGGUGACAUCACGGGUCAUGCACAUUGGAUUCAAAUGCUCAAAAAGCACGGUAUGCCAGUAUGUAUGUGGCACCGGAUUGGCGUCAAUUAG